GUGAAGUAGGAAGUAGAUAAAUAAGUCUGCGUACUGUAUGGAGGUUAAACAAAGGGUCGACAGCAAUAAGAGCAGUUUCCCGGAGACUCUUCUCCGCAAUGAAGUUUAUAAACUGCAUUUUCUGUCUGCUGGUAAGCUGUAUUUGUCAAGACAGCGUCCGAGUGGUCCAACACGCGGGGACGUGCACCUGGAGUCUUGCGGCGGAGGGGAACGAGAGCCGGCCGGUUUCUCUCCUACGGGAGGCCAGAGAUCAGCUGUUGGACCAGGUGUGUGCGGACCUGGGCUGCGGCCGGGUGUACCCUUUCACUGAGAACGGCCACACCAGCAUCAUCAACACCGGCAGCAGCGCCUGCCUAACGGACUGCUCUUACCGCGACCGACGUCUUUCCAACUGCACCGAGACGGUUGGGGAUAACUGCUCGGUUGUUUCUGAAAUUGUUUGUGGCCACCAGAUGACGCGGCUGGCGGGCGGCGCUCACAGUUGCGGCGGCCGGGUGGAGCUGUGGUCUGACGGCGGCUGGGGGACGGUGUGCGAUGACCGCUGGGACCUGGCCGACGCCGACGUGGUCUGUCGCCAGCGGGGCUGCGGCUACGCGGUCAACGUUUCGGGGCAGGGAGGGGCGUUUCCCCCGGCGACGGCGGGACCCGUCCACCUGGACGAGCUGAUGUGCACCGGGGCGGAGAGCAGCCUGUGGGCGUGUCCCGUGGCACCGGACGGAGUUCACCACGACUGCGGCCACAAGGAGGACGCCGGGGUGGUGUGCUCAGAGAUGAGAGCCGUGCGUCUAACCGGCGGCGCUGACCGCUGCUCCGGUAAGGUGGAGAUCCACCUCAACGGGACAUGGGGGACGGUGUGCGACACCUGCUGGGACCGACAGAUGGCCGCCAUGCUGUGCUCCAUGCUGGGCUGUGGGGCCCAGCCCAAGAAAUACACCCAAUUCGAGCCCCACCUGACGGCGCACAACGACGGCCCGCUGUGGUUCUACCAGUGCGCCGACGGGGACACAGAUCUCUGGCAGUGCCGAGAGUUCAUCAACGUGAAGCACCUCUGUAUGACCUCAAAGGCGGCUGUGCUGGUCUGUGCUGGCUCACAAGGGUUUCCUACAAUCUCCAUCUCAGCGAAUGUAACGUCAGUGACUGGACUGACGACUGCUGGCACAACAACAGGAAGUGCCCCAGACCACUUCCUGUUCCCCUUGUCUCCCGAGCUGAUUGGCUGCGUGGCUCUGUCAGUCAUGGUGCUGGUGAUGCUCAUGGUUAACUGCGUCCUCUGCCUCCAGAGUAGAAGAAAAAAAAAAGCUUGCAUGAGAGAGCAGAGAAAUCAGCAUGAAGAUAGGGCUUUGAAUGACUACAGAGAGGCCCUCAGUCUGGUCAAGAUUGCCCCCAUCGGGAGCCCUGUCCUCUCCAAGCCCAGUGGCAUGCUAGCCCCACACCACGGCCCUUAUCAGCCAAGCUAUCCACCUCCUGUCCACAUGUCCACCUUUAACAAUUCCCAGCGGCGCAGGCACGCCCAGGGCAGCCCUGCCACGGGCUCAGCCGUGAACACCCUGUACCAGGACGGAACACCAAACGACGCGAGAGCCUUCAACGGCGACAUGACAUACAAACAUCAAAGCCUCCACCCCAGCGUGGACUCGUUUGAAUCCUCCACCUCUUCCUCUGAGGAUGAACUCUACGAGAACACUGUGGACCAGAAGGAGGACCAGGUAGCGAAUGAACCCCAACAGCCCGGAGGUUGCUAUCAAAGUGGACUCAUUUUUUCAACCUCUCUAGCCUCAAGCAGCCACCAGCUGCCACCUAGAGGGAUGACGUCAACCAUGUUGGACCCAGGUUAUGGGGGUGAUGAUGGGGUUGACGAUGAAGACGAUAUCUAUUCCCCGGUCAGCCCUGAAACCCACUCCUCUUCUACGGAUGAUUACGACGAUAUACUCAAUCCAUAAACACUGGAUGAGGUGAACUUUGACCUCAAGAUGCAUGGAAUGUAAAAAUAUCAGACACUGCGCACAAUUCCUUAUUUUAGUAUUAUUUUAUAUAAACACAAGAGGUAAUAAAUUGUUACCUUGAAUAUAAGAUUUUUUUAUUUAUUGGAAUUUUUUUUGGUGUAUCUCUUUAUUUUCUUAACCACCCUGGAUAUUGUAUUGCUGGAUGCUAAUUAACGGUCAGCAACGAUGGACCUGUCUCAGAAAGCAUAAAUAAAUAAAUAAAUAAAUAUCACCUCCGCCACAAGGGGGAACUGUAGGUUCAUAUCUAAAUACAUCACUUCUAGGAAAAAUUCUUAUUCGCAAAGUCAACAGGAAUAGCGUGUCCGUAUGUUUCUUUUUUUAGUUCAAUUAUGUUUUCCAACGAAUAAUCACUUGUGACAAAAAUGUAUUCAUACUUAAGUCAGCGGUGGUUGGGGAAGGAAGAAAAGUAAAAACAACUUUAAAGGGGAAUGGGAACUCAGAAGUGUCCGUAGUGUGAUCAAGGAGGACUAAUAGGUAAAGCGACAUCAGGUUAGUUUGAAACCAGAGGCCCCGGUAAAGGUCCUUCUUUGUGCAUUAGCAUAAGGGACGUUUGGUUUGCAGCAGCUGUACAGCAUCAAGCCAGCAUGUGUAUGCUGGAUACCGCGAGAUCUCACAACAUCAGUCGACACGACCGACUGCUGCAAAGCGUAUCUUUUGCGCAGUGACGGUGUGACGCACUGACUAUUGUUUUAAGGAAUGUAAAAGAGUUCAUCUGAUUCUGUCUCGAUGCGCAUAAAGCGAGCGAUAGGUACUGUAGGCCUUCAUCUAUCUAUAAUGGAAUUCAUGUGUUGGAUACAUUCAGGCAUGUAGGCCUAUGUCAAGCAAGCUAGAUUUAAGAGAGAUGGAUGAUAUGAUAAUGCUUCCGACUCGGUGGGAGGUUUUUAAGCAUUAAGAUAACGUGGGGAGAAAGAGGUUGUGCGACAGACAUGCACGUUUUUUCCGUUGUACACAAAUAGGCCUCUGUGAAAUGGUCUCAAAACUCCAUGAUUAACUUACAUGUGAUUAUUUAUUUCCUUAGAACCGUAUCUAAAUGGAAAUGAAGUACUUAAAGUGGAAGAAUCCCUUUAUAGACAGCACAACAGUGAAUAUAAAUAUAUUUAUCAUUUAUAAAAAACUUUUUACACUAAAUGUUCGAAAAUAGUUAAGUAUUUUACGUUUAUCUAUUAGUGUAGAACUUCACCUAAUAAUAACCUUUGACAUUCUGUUUGUUUAGCCUUUAGCAAAAAAAGGCGAAAUCCCCUUGAAUAACAUUCAUGGAUUAAUCUCAGCUUUUUAAGACCUUAAUUAAUCAGAGCUCAAACUAGCGCUUUUACACAGAAGACUUUGACAGCAUCAUACAUGAAGUAUUAAGUAUUAAGCAGGUUGAAGGGACAGAUGUCUCAUGAUGAGCCAACAGCCUUCCUGCUGGGAUUCCCCCACCUCUGCAGAUAGACUAGCUUGGCACGGGUUCUGACGUUCUCUGCUGGAUAAAAAGAAGCUAAAAAACAACGAAACAAAUUAAUGUCCUGAGCUUUCUCUCUCUGUAAAACUCAAACUCUCUCCGGUUGUCAAACUGCCAUAACAAACUUUAAUAAAACUUUUUUAUUGAAGGA